UGUUUUUUUUUUGUUUGCUUCGGAUCUUGCUAAAAAACAUGUUUGGUGAAGAUGAAUCAGUUCUGUGAUUCGUAAUCUAUGCUACUCAAUCCGCUCUGCGUGUUAUAGUCACCGAUUUGUAUCGAAUUUUUCUGGUGUGGAUUUUUUUUGAGCUUCUUCUUCUCAAAAUGGAGUUCGAGACGCACGAAGAUGCGUAUCUGUAUUACAAAGACUACGCCAAAUCCGUUGGUUUCGGAACUGCGAAAUUGAGCAGUCGUAGAUCAAGAGCUUCAAAGGAGUUCAUCGAUGCCAAAUUCUCCUGCAUACGCUACGGAAGCAAACAACAAUCCGACGACGCGAUUAACCCUAGACCUUCCCCUAAAAUCGGAUGCAAAGCGAGUAUGCACGUCAAGCGAAGACCAGAUGGGAAAUGGUACGUUUACAGUUUCGUCAAAGAGCACAACCACGAUCUUUUACCGGAGCAAGCUCAUUUUUUCAGGAGCCAUAGAAACAACAACAACAACAACACUGAGCCUGUGAAAUCCAACGACGCUCAACGUUUUAGGAGGAAGAAGAACAGUCCCUUGGCUGAUUGUAAACACCUCAGUGCUUAUAACGAUCUUGAUUUCAUUAAUGGUUAUAUGAGGAACCAGCACGAUAAAGGAAGGAGACUUGUUCUCGACGAUGGUGGUGGUGGUGAUGCUCAGAUCUUGCUUGAGUUUCUUAUGCGUAUGCAGGAAGAGAAUCCCAAAUUCUUUUUCGCUGUUGAUUUCAGUGAAGAUCAUUUGCUUAGAAAUGUGUUUUGGGUUGAUGCUAAAGGGAUUGAAGAUUAUAAAAGUUUCAGUGAUGUGGUUUCUUUUGAUACUACUUAUUUUGUGAGUAAAUAUAAAGUGCCACUUGUUCUUUUUAUUGGAGUCAAUCAUCAUGUUCAGCCUGUGUUGCUUGGCUGUGGGUUGGUUGCUGAUGAUACAGUUUACACUUACGUCUGGUUGAUGCAAUCUUGGUUAGUUGCAAUGGGUGGUCAAAAGCCUAAAGUAAUGCUUACUGACCAGAACAAUGCUAUAAAAGCAGCUGUCGCUGCGGUCUUGACGGAAACUCGUCAUUGCUAUUGCUUGUGGCAUGUACUUGAACAGCUUCCCAGGAAUCUGGAUUAUUGGAGCAUGUGGCAAGACACUUUCAUGAAAAAGUUGUUCAAAUGUAUAUACAAGUCAUGGUCUGAGGAGGAAUUCGAUAGGAGGUGGUUGAAAUUGAUUGACAAGUUUCAUCUUAGGGAUGUUCAGUGGAUGCGGUGUUUGUAUGAUGAGCGUAAGUUCUGGGCGCCUACCUUUAUGAGGGGUGUAACAUUUGCGGGGUUAUCAACUCGUUAUCGUUCAGAAAGCGUAAACUCUUUGUUUGAUAGGUAUGUUCAUAUUGAAACUUCCCUUAAGGAGUUCUUAGAAGGAUAUGGAGUAAUGCUAGAAGAUAGGUAUGAAGAGGAAGCUAAAGCAGAUUUUGAUGCUUGGCAUGAAGCACCUGAGUUGAAAUCUCCAUCACCUUUUGAGAAGCAAAUGUUACUUGUAUACACCCACGAAAUAUUCAGGAAAUUCCAACUUGAGGUUUUGGGUGCUGCUGCUUGCCACCUUACGAAGGAGAGUGAGGAAGGAACAACUUACAGUGUUAAGGACUUUGAUGACGAUCAGAAAUAUUUGGUGGAUUGGGAUGAAUUUAAGUCAGAUAUUUACUGCUCUUGCCGUUCCUUUGAGUACAAGGGAUAUCUCUGUAGACAUGCAAUUGUUGUCCUCCAAAUGUCAGGUGUUUUCACCAUUCCGAUCAACUAUGUGCUGCAAAGAUGGACUAAUGCAGCUAGAAACAGACAUCAGAUCAGCGGAAACCUUGAACUUGUGCAGACUAAUAUCCGUCGUUUCAAUGAUCUUUGCCGCCGAGCCAUUAUUUUGGGAGAAGAAGGAUCUCUUUCCCAAGAAAGUUAUGACAUCGCCAUGCUUGCAAUGAAAGAAGCUUUUAAACAAUGUGCUAUUAAGUUUAAUACCAUCGAACAUCCCGCCAGAUGUGAAGAAGCUGCAAUUCAAGCAGGAGAUUCUGUACAAGGAGGAAAUCAAUAUGGAUCCACAAUGACGCAGAUUGGACUCGAACCUAAUAACAUACAUGCAAGCAAUGCUCCAGUGCAAGCUGAAACCAGACGGGAGAAGAGAAGUAGCGUAAACAAUACCUCUAAAAAGUCAAAGCAUAUGACUCAAUCUGAAACUACUGUUGGUGAGGCAAGCCAAGAAGCAUUUCAACAUGUGGCUGCUCCAAGAUCAUUGCAGGCAGUGGCAGGGCAAUUUCACAACACAAUGCCAGGAAUAUUCCAAAAUGUAAUCCCCACGGAGUUCCACAACCUUCCGGCUACAAAUAUGCAUCAGAACAAUCCCCCUGGGUAAAAAUAUAGUUAAACAAUCACCGCCAACAAGCUUGAUAGCUUCUUUGUGUGUAACAUAUUUCCUACGCUCCUUGUUUAUUGGCUUUUUCUCUGGUUGCAUUGUUCUUAGGUUAAAUUAAUAGAGUAAAUGGUGUAUGUUUUGAUGAACAAUCCCGUGAGUAGGCAUCUGUAUGUAUGUAAGCUAAGUAAUUGUUAAGCAGUUAGAUUUUCUAGUUGCUAAUUUUCUUUGAA